UUUCUUCCGUGAAAGAAAAAGUUAACAAAACAGUACUAAACUCAUUUAAAAUGCGUAGGGGUGAAAGGACGAUGGAAAAUAACUGGUGAAAUGCUGACUUGCAAAAGACCUGGAAACUUCCCUAACAGCGGAAGUACCUCUUUGAUGUCAAUCAACACAAACAAGCCGACAUUUGCAGUCACCGAUGACUUCCGGUCGGUAUGGGAAGCGUUUGAAUCAAGUGGAAGGUUGAGGAAAAGGAUUGAAGCUACAGGCUUUCAUGGAACGAUUUCCGUUGGUGCAAAAUUACCUUCUGGAAUAAGUGAAACAUUGACAUUUAUUUUAGCCUGGCAUUAUCCUAACAGAGAUCACACAGGAGAGCGAGUUGGGCAGUAUUACAGCAAAUUAUUCAAUUCCAGUGAGGAUGUGGCCAACCAUAUGCGAGUCAACCUUUUGGGAAACUUGGAAGACAUUAUUUCUUGGCAGUCAAACAUUUCUCCACCAAGGCCGGUCUCUUCUCCCCCACAGGAUCACGCUGUUCAAUCUUCACUCCCUGAGUGGCUUCAAGAUCACCUUAUCAACAGUUUAAGUUUUUGGAGAAGUGGAUUCCGAGUGGCUGACGGCAGGUAACAGCUCACGCAAAGAAUAUAGCCAUCUACUGAUCGUCACGACCAACAGACAAACAGACAGCUGGGUAGACAGACACACAGACACAGACACACAUCUGGACAGACACACUGGACGAAGAGACCGAGAGAUUGACAGACACGGUGAUGGUCUUGCUUAUGGAUGACACAUUUAAACUGCAUUUGUCACAUUCGUCUUUUGAAAAUGAUAUUUCUCAUCAUAGUGUUCAAGCCUU